GUCAUACAACAGAACGGAAUUUGCGCGCACGGGUUUUAUUUUUUUCGUCGUGAUACCAAUAAAGACAAGCCUUGAAUAGUAUUGAUAUGUUUUACUAUACCCGCCGAUUUGCGACGAAUUUGCAAAACAGCUUGAGCGACGUAUAAAAUGGAGCAGCACGACGAAAUUAAAUCAGGUUGUUUGUUGUUCCCUCCCGCCGGAGGGAAUGUGUUUAGUAAAUUUCCUAAGAAGAAACAACAACAAAAGUAUUGUCUGCUUCUAAACUCCAGCAAGCAGGGCAUUGAGAGAUUAGAGAUAUAUGAUAAUAAGGAUGACAUAAAUACAGGUGCCAUCCCCAAGAUUAUUACCCUUGAGAAUUGUAUUAAGAUAACACAUUCUAGUCCAAACAUUAUCACUGUACUUACUAAGUCACAUACCCAACAAUUCUGUGCUCAAUCAGAACUGGAAACAUUAGAAUGGGUAAAAGCGCUGCAGUCUGUUGCAUUUAAAGGCAGAGACACAAGCCCUGUUCGAUGUGAUGAGGACAAUGACCUCUACUGUUCGUCAGGAGAAGGAGUAUUCUCAGUCAAAUUGUGCCCUUCCGAUGCAUCAAUAAGGUGUGGUCUGGAGCCGAUGCGGUACCUGUUACUCCUCACUACAACUGCCAUUGAUUUAAGAGAUGUAAAUGACAAUAAGUUGUAUGCUACUUGGCCAUAUAGAUAUAUAAGACGUUAUGGUUAUAGACAGGGUAAAUUCACAUUUGAGGCGGGAAGAAAAUGUGAUACAGGUGAAGGUAUCUUCCAUUUGGAACAUCCUAACCAAUCUGAGAUAUAUAAGUGUGUCUCAUUGAAAAUGAAGACCAUGAAGCAGAUGAUUGGCAGUGAUUUGAAUAGUCCAGAACACAGUGAAUUUAACUUACAGGCUGGUGCAAAUUUAUUCCCUGGAUCUAGGAGUCCUCUAGUGGCUGCCAGGCCUGAUGAUUUAAGCUUGAGUUCUCUUUCAUUUAAAACUGCGCCUUCAAGCCAGCAAAGCUCAUUCUCUGAAAGAGAUAGUGCACCUCUCUUAAUGCCUAAGCCAGCAUUGAAGCCCAAGCCACAAAAACCUCCACGAAAAAUCAUCAACAUGCCCAAGGCUCUUGUGAAAGAGUUAUGCAGUUCAACAGAUGAAAGCAUAGAUUUUGGAAGGUAUAAAAAACUUGACAAUUAUGAGCCGAUCGAACAAGUGAAAAGAGACCCAAGUCCUCCUUCUGUGCCAUAUGACAAGGUGGAAGUUCGUAGUGAGGCUUGGAAAACUCUUGGUAUCGAAGACCCUGACCACACUGAGUUCACACCGAAUUUGGGUGAUAACCCUAACUGCAUGAAACUUAUAUCAAGAUCACAAGAUAAUUUGAACACUUCUGGCCCAGAAGGUUCUAGAAUUAUACUGUUACCAAGUCCAAUGGUUGAUCCAGAGGAUGAGAAUUAUGACAGACUACAGUAUUUUGGUUCUACAAGUAAGUUGAAUAAGUCUGCUAAGUAUAAGAAAGUUGAAGCGCGGCCAACAACAUUGAUUCCUGGGGAUCAAAAGGUUAAAGAUACUUGGAAUGAUUAUGACGAAGUGGAAAAUGUGAUGCAGACUGCAAGACUGGCUGAUGAUUCUCAUCUAGGAUAUGGUAUGAUACGGAAACCAAAUGCACCAGGGCCUCAAGUGCCCACUGCUGCACAAGCGCAGGCACUGCAAAAUCAGGUCAGUUUGGAAGAGAUCAACCAUAACACAUGUAAUGGGACUGACUAUGCAGUUAUCAGCCGUCCAAAAAGGGUGUAAGGUUACUUUUAAAAUGUUAAUAUUACAGCGAAUAUUAUACACUAAGACUGAAAUUUUUUGAUACCAGAAAUUCGAAUAGAAAGAGAUUAUUGUGGGUAAACUUUUAGAUGAAAAUAUUCAAAAA